AUGCAAAGCGGCUCCUGGACCACAUCUAGGGUCAUGCGGGCAUCCGGGUGCCUUCACCAGUGCUCCAAUACACCUAGUGAAGAAUCCUUGGGGGGGCGGACUGGAAGAAGGACAUUGACGCCCUCCACCAGGAAACCCUCCAGAUCAAAUAGGCAUCAGAGCCGUGCGAAAUCCUUUGCCGACGCCAUUAGGCAAGGCUGUCCCCCCGCUCCUGCACAUUAUCUGUCGGUGCAUGGGUCGGACAGCAGUCCCGGAAUAACUCGGUCCUCGCCAAGCUCGGACCGCGAGGUUAUUGUCCACCUCGGUGACGCUGACGCAGUGAAGCGGUAUCGAGGCAUAACUGCAAAGGAUAUUAAGAGGAGGACAGAGAGAGUCAAGGUGGACGCGGCAAUCCGUCUUUGUGUGCCGACGCUUGCGUCGGUGGCCUUCGUGGCCGUCCGGGUGUUGAAGUCGGGUGAUAUCUGCUUCACAAUGCGCUCUGCGAAAGAGGCAGAGAUCCACGGACACACUAAGGGUCCAUCUGCCGACCUAGGUGGUCAUUAUGCACGAUGUGAAUGUACGCACCCCCGGGAUCAACGAUGCAACGGAGCUGCAGGAACCGGCGAGGAAGCUAAGGUGAUCAAGCUAUACUGGGCGGUCGUUCCUAACGGCAAGAAGUCGGGCUCACUGGUCGUGGAACUGGACUCGCCAGUCGCGGAAACAAGGCCAUCGACCUAA